AUGAGAGUUCUUUCUCUGGAUAUUAGGUACGGUGACAGGACUCCAAAGUCAGCGCCUGCACGUUUGUUUGGCAUCUUGUGGAUUCUUACUGGCCUUAUUCUUUGCUCGUUUUUCACCGCUACUUUCACAAGUGCCUUGACGUCAUCAUCCAUGCUACAUCGUAAAUCUCUGUUGGGAGUGAAGGUUAGCACCAUCAUCAUCUUCAUCAUCGUAUCUCUUCGCACCAGAAAAUGCAAAACGCCGUUAGGUUAAUAGCUAGCAGAGUACGCUAGAUUAAAUAAGGAAAUAAUAUCUGAAGUCGUGAAAUGCAUCUAUAAUUAGACUCGAACUUCCCAAACGGCUGAGACUGAAAAAAUCAGGGCAUUAAACAAAAUUCAAUUCGAAGCCAUGACGUUCGUGUUAACUCAGUGGAUUAACAAUGCCUUAACCUCCAUACAAUGUCGCGGAAAUUGAUUAACUUCACUUCAUUCCCGAAACAGAUAAAAGGUUAUUCUUCUUUAUUUAUAUACGACGAACUGCACAACUCUCACACCCUUACAGCAACGAAUAUUUUAGAAGAUAUCUCAGGAAGGUUCAUAGAUGCCAACAAAACAACAAAGAAAUGUACUGGCGUGAAUGUGCGUAAAUUAUCAUUAUCUCAAAGUUUGAAACUCUUUCACAAAUGCUAGAACUGUUAAUCAUCGUUGAAGCUAUCUAGUACACAUCCCCUAUCCCCUAGCGUCCUCUAUAUCUUACUAGGCUUAAUUGAGUUCAGUAAUGUUAAGAUACUCAGCUAACUUUUGAAGUUCACCCAGGUUGCAGUUUUGGAAGACAGUCAUGCAUACGAGGAGGCUUUGAAGCAGUCUGCCAACGUCAAAGGUACGUUUUCAAAUCCUGAUACCGGUUGA